CAUGGCUCAUGCAUGGUGUUUCUGUUUAGCCCUUAUUGGAGGAGGGACUAAAUAUCCUCAAGUCUUCUUCGUACCCAUAUUUUACUAAUGGCUUGCUUUACUCCAUCCACUGUGCUCGGCUGCCUGCUGCCCACUCCUUAAAUAUUCCUCUCCACCACGACCACUCUAGUUAAAUUUAAUUACCAUUAGGACCAACACUCUUCUAAAUAACGAGCCUUCCUGGAAAUAUUUAAUCCUACGGUCGAUAAUUAAAAAAAACAGAUUAAUACGAUAAAUAAACCCCCAGUUUUACACGUUCUUUAAUAUAAUAUACAUACACGGAGCGAGCAACAAUUUCGGACUUCAAAUAAUCAUGUAAAUUUGUAUAAUUCUAUUAUCAAGUGAAGAGACGCUCUUCGUCGUACAGUAAAAGUUAAGUAAAUGUGCAAUUAAAUCGGAACGACAGGAGGACAGGUGUGCUGGACAAGUUAUAGUACAAUCGCGAUCAAUUAAUCAAGAGCAAGAAACAGAAAGUUUGGUUUGGGAAAGGUUAAAGCGAAAAAAGAAGAUAUAUAUUUUGAUCGAUGAGUGGUUAAUUUUGGAGAAAACUUAACUUUUUUUUACUAAUUGGUUCAAAAUACUUCUAGUCAAGAAAGAAGAGAGAAAAUAAAAAAUAUUUACAAAAAUAACAGAACAGACAGAUUAACGUCAACUUUCACCGUCGUACUUUCACCGAAGGAAAAUUAGGAGGCUGCAAAUUUCUAUCCAGCAGCAGCAGGAGCGGCAGAACAGUGGCAGCAUAUUUUUUUACGGGCAGUGGAACGCCAUAAUUCGUCAAAGUGAGGAGGAAAAGUGAAGCCAGUAGACUGAGGUCCAAUUUCGUCAAAAUGGGCGGAAUGGGGGACCAACACUUUUGUCUCCGUUGGAAUAAUCACGGAAGCAAUUUGACCGAAGUUUUAGAGCGGCUGUUGCAACAGGACAAUUUGACAGACGUGACACUCGCCUGCGAUGGACAGAGUUUUAAGGCACAUCAAACCGUUCUGUCGGCUUGCAGCCCCUUUUUUGAAACCCUCCUCGUGAAGAAUACACAUCCUCACCCCAUCAUUUACAUGAAGGAUAUCAAGUCUUCUGAAAUGAAAGCACUACUAAACUUUAUGUACAAGGGAGAAGUCAAUGUGUCCCAGUCAUCGUUGUCAGAGUUUCUGAAAACUGCGGAAGCCCUCAAGAUCCGAGGGCUGACUGAAGGGAGCGACAGCAAUGGGGAGGCAAGUACUAGUACGACGACGACGGGUAAAGAUAACGUCAUGUCAUCUUCAACAACUUCGUUCAAAAAUUCACACUCGCAUUCUCACGUUGUGUCUUCCAACAAUGUUGACUCUUCUGAUGGGAUAUUAAUGACGACGUCAAGAAAGCGGAGGAGGGUUUCUACCAGUAGCAAUGAUGACAGCAUGGAUCCCAUAUCUUUGGCAAUCAACACGAACCACCACCAUCAUCAUCAUCAUCAGGACUUGUCCAAAUCGGAUGGAAGAUCUUUGGAUGUCGUUUCAGUCGGAUCAUCCUCAGCAGCAAGCAGACCAUCGCCUCCAGCACUAAUUGCAAUUGGAAAGCAAUCCGGGGGCGGUGGUGGUGGUGGUGGCGGCGGCGGGGGUGGUCGUGUCUCCUCCCAGCCUAGUCCCAUGGUUGCGUGUGAAUCAAGUUCUUCUAUUGAUCCCUCCAGUUUUCUGAUGCCGGUUAUGGACAGCAAGGAUGAUGACGAACAGGACUACGACUUGGAUUCUGGCUUGAACGUGAAAGUUGAGGAUGAGGAUGAUGACGAUGACGAUGAUGGAAUUGAUGACGGUCGAUAUAUCGGAUACUACCCGCAUGCCUCUUUACUGGAAAAAUCAAGCGAUGACGACAAAGGUGACGCUGGCGACUCGGAUCAACAGGGAUCAAACCUGGACGGACUGGAAAUGGCUGACGGACGAAUCUACGGAUCUAUCUUCGAGAAGGUGCAAGGAAGCCCCCAUCUUAAAAGGUGCAAAUUGUGUGGAAAGCUGGUUAGAGGGCGGAAGCACAGAUUUGUUCACAUGCCUGGUACAUACAGUUGUCCCUACUGCCCCUGUGUUUACACCCGUAGCGAUAAUCUAAAUGCCCAUGUCCGCGUGAAACAUGGGAAACCUAAAUUGGAACCAAACAGCAACUCUACAAGUCCAAAUAGUAGCGCUUUGGUUAAUCUCAUCACGGCGUCGUCAGAUUACAAGUAGUAUAAAAAAUCUCGUAAUGCUACUACUACUACUACUUUCACCAUUAUUCACUUGGUCAACUCCUCCUCAUACAUAAAUAUAUUCAAAAUGUACCCCAUAUUCUUGACGUCUUCGCUGCGUUUGUGUCUUACUAACUGUCCUUUCUACAAACUGUGGCCAUCCUGUUGUUGUAUUUUCGAUAAUUGCAGUACAGACCAAAGAAAGAGGAAAGAGAGAAAAAUAUUAUUAUUAGCUUGAUAAGUAUAUUUAUGGCUAAUAAUAAGUGUUAUUAUCUAUAUAUACGUUGUUUCAUUUCUAUGUUAUACGUACGUACGUAGUAAUCUGGUUUUUAAUGAGAAAAGAUGUCGAGUGUGCUGUAUGAUGACCAAAUAUUUUGUCGAGUUCUCGUAGUCAGAAAAAACAUACACCAGUUAUAAAAAUAGAAAUUAAUUGCAUAAGAAAAAUGUAACAUUCAAGUUCAGGCUUUAAUGAUCUAGUGAAAAUCAUCGUUGUUUUCACGCUAAUAAGUUAUUAUUAUUUGGAAUGCUUUCGUGCUAGUGAAUUGAAUACUAUGUUAUGAUUAUCAACCAAAAGUAUUGCGUAUACAGUGCUGGAGAGUCUCUUCUAGUGUGGUUCAGAAUGAUUGAGGGAUUUGUUGUAAAUAUUUUUGCGUUCGUAAAUAAUCCUAAAAAUUUCUGGGUUUUGAAAAUUGUGCGUGCAAUGUCUAAAGACUUUGUCAUUUAUGUAUUGAGUUUGGAAUUGAGGGGUAUGUAGCAAUCAAUUUAAAAAAGUGUUCUAUAAUUCAGUCAAUUGUUGAAUUGAAUUUUUUUAAGAUUAUGAUUUUCGUUUUUUUUAGUUUAUAGACGAUAUUUUGGUUAGUAGUUUGAAGUCGGGUUCAAAGUGUGCUUUUUUCAAUGUAAUGACAAAUAUUAGUUAGUUAGGGUAGGGUAGCGUGUAAUAAUUAAUUUUAGUUGCAGACACAUAUUAAUUAUGUAAAUUAAUAUAUUAAUAUUAUAUUAUCAUUGUCGUACCUUAUUUUAUUUUUCCUUGCCGAGAAAACAAUCGUCGCAUAGAUAAUUGCCACUUUAAUUAAUUAAUAAUUGCUUUAUUACUGACACAACGUUAACUUUGUUGAACAAUCAAUCAGUUAGUAAUAAUGAGUAUUAUUAUUUACUUCCGCAAUAUUCGACCAUCACCCAAGGGUUAUAACAAUCGGUUAAUUUCUCACAAUCAGUUGAAACAAUUAGUUAAUUUGUUAGUAAAUGUUAGUAAAGUUUAGUUUUCGUUUUUAACUAUAGACAAAAUUAUUAAAUAUUAUAAUUGCAUUAAAAUUAUAGGAUAAGAAGGAUACGUAUUUGGUAGGUGGAUUGGAUGAGUCCAUCAACGUGCCUAAUCAAAAAGAAACAGAAUUAAACCAAAGUAAAAAAUGUAACACAGUCGUAAAACGUAAUUUUUGGGUCCAGGAGAUGUCGAGUCUAUGAAUUAGUUUACAUGACACUCUAUUGUUUCUAUCUGCACUUUCUCUAAUUAGGCAGUGCUCCAGAGAUAGGGAAUGAUUGAGUAUAAAAUUACAUGAUAAUGACCAGACCACUAUUUUCCAUAAUAAUUGAUGAACCAUUAUACUGAAAAAAAGAAACUGUAUCCAAAAUCUAAGAAUGACUUUGCCUUGAACUCUAUAGAAAAAAAGUAACUUUCUACUACACACAAAGAAAACUAUAAUAUAUAAAUUAUGUAUAAUAAUGAUGGAUAAUUAUUAUAUAGAUUUAUCUAAUAUAUCAUUUUAUUCUGUGUUUCUUGAUGUAAGUUGUAAAAAGUUGGCGUUAUUAUUGUUAACAUUAUUAUUAAAAUAUGUAAUAAUAGUAGAUGACAGGGUCGCCCAGCGUAUGCGAUUCUGAUUUUGGGGAAAUUAGUGUCAAUCGAUCAGAAAUUUAGGUAGUAUGAAAUUUGCGAAAGACAUGAUCUUCCAAUGGGCACGUUUGGCAGAGAUAUUUGCAUCCGAAGAGGAGAAAACAAUGCCCAGUAAAUCUUGGAAGGUCGAAAAAUCAACUUUAGGGCUUUAUUAUGCAAAUAUCUUUGCCAGACCUGAGAAUUGGCGGAUAGUCGCUUUUGCAAAUUUCAUACUAACUAAAUUUGUCAUAAAUUGGCACAAAUUUGUUCAAAAUCUAUGCUCAUACGCUGGGGGCGACCUCCAUCUGUAGUUUUAAGACACUGUUCAUGGUGCAGAACUUGUUUUGUCCGGUUUGACGAUACCAAAAAUUUACCAUUAUGAUGAUAUGAAUUUUGUGUGUGCUAGUUUGAAUAUUUGUCUCAGUCCGUAUAAGUACAUGUAAUCUUAUGAUCUUCAAAAAAAAGUUAAUUUCUUCAAAAAAGGAGAUACGAGACUCUUUACUAACUUAAGAAAUGAAAAUGAAUAUCUUAAAGAAAACAAGAUAAAUACAUAAAUACGUAACUAAAUUUCAAAUGAAGUAUAAAAUAAAUAAAUAAAUAACUGACUAAAAAAAUAUGUAUUUAAAAAAAAAGUGAGCAAAGAAAAGAGCGACAAAAAGUGUUUGAAAAAUUGUUUAGCCUUGUAGUCAUUCGAUAAUAAUAAUGUUGCAUUAAGUAAUUCAUGCACAUUAAAAAAUGUCGCGCUGCCUUUAAAAGGAGUGUUAAAUCGUUAUAUUGAUUGAGUUUUUCCUUCAAUAUUAUUGUUGUCAACUUUAACUUUAUCACUUUGACUUGUCAAUCAAAUGUAAUAAUUUAAAUAUAUUUUGAAAAUCAAAUAAAAAUCAAAUGUGCUGUCCUUAAAAAA